UGAGCUAUAUAUUAUGUUUGAUUAAAACAAUUCUAAUUGCAAUUACCAGGCCGCAUCUAUAAACAUGUGAUGACUGCUUUUAGAGCGAGUGCAGGUAUCCAGCGUUUACUGGUGUAUGCUGAUGGGGAUGAUGGUUAGAGAACACCAGAGAGCUCUCACCCGAAACAGAGUCAGCUAAAUCAAUGGUAAAGCGGAGUUCUCGUAUCGCUCCCCUCUCUCUCGGCCGUGACUGUGCCAACAACGUCCCAGCGUCUACAUGGCUGCUGGCGGAAUCAACCGGGUGGCCAUCGCCUCUACAUGGCUUUUUCUGGUGUUAUUACCGCAUGUGAUCGUGCAAUCUACAGAUGCACAGGACGCACAGAUGCAACCUACAGAUGUACAAGUGCUUGAUGCGGAGGUGCGUUGCCCUGACGACGCAUCCCUGAUCAGUCCGUGCAUGUGUGAGAUAGCUCCCGAUAACGCAACAGCGAUAGUCGUCUACUGCACGAACACCGAUGUCAGCGUGUUCGCGCGCCUAGCCACGCUAGCAGACCACGGGGCGCCGAUACAGCAGCUGGUGAUAGCAGACAGUAACAUCGACGUUCUUCCCGCUAAAGCCUUCUCCAACCUCUCCAUCUCCGAACUGGGCCUGGUUAAUUGCAGCAUAGCUAGACUUGACGACGAUUCGCUGAGUGGACUAGAAGGAAGUCUGAGCACAUUGAGCCUGAAGGCUAACCGCCUGACGUCAGUGCCUGCGUCUGCUAUCGUCGGCUUCACAGGUCUAGUGUCACUCAAUCUUAACGAGAAUGCAAUAGAAGCCGUAGAGGCCGAGGAUUUCCGUACAAAUGUAGGUCUCGGAGUUCUCUACCUGGAUCGUAACAAGAUCGCCAGCGUUCACGAGGAAGCCUUCCUUUCUCUCACCAACCUCAUCUCGCUAGACAUGGUGGCGAACAGACUGACAAGCAUCAGCGCCACCUGGUUCACGGGCAUGAAGGCUACUGUGGCACGCAUACAGCUGCAUGAGAAUCGGAUAGCUGCCAUCCCCGCGGAUGCAUUCAGCGGACUGACCAAUCUCCAACAUCUCUCUCUGUAUGACAACAAAAUCGCUACCCUAGGAGAGAACGCGUUCGCGCAGCUCUAUCUCAUAGAAUUACUGCGGCUAGAAAACAACCUCAUAGAGUGGCUACCGGCGGACAUGUUCCAUGACAUGGGACAACUCGCGACCAUAGACCUAGAAAACAACAAGAUCAGACAGCUGCCGGCUGCGAUAUUCUCCAAUCAAACCCAGGUAAGCGAGGUGUUCCUGGAAGACAACCAGAUAUCGGACAUCGGCGAGGGAGCGUUCAGUGGACUGGUGAGCGCCGAGUAUAUGCAGCUACAGGCAAACAAUCUCAGUUCCCUCCCCGCCGAGCUGUUCACGAACAUGCGCUCGCUCACCUACCUCCACCUGGCGGAGAACAGCGGACUACGUCUUCAGGCAGCCAUGUUCUCGGGUUUAAGCAAUCUGCGCUCCUUGAACCUGUAUGACGCAGGCAUCACCGAGGUGCCAUCAGGCACGUUUGCAGAGCUGGUCAGUCUGCACAGUUUGUACCUACAGAACAACAACAUUACAACCCUGGAGGCUGACUCCUUUAAGGGCGCGACCAACCUAGAAGUGCUACAGCUGCACGACAACCAGCGGAUGGACAGAAUUCCUCGCCAUAGCUUCGCCGGUCUCGCUAAUCUGAAGAGAUUGCAGCUACAGAACAACCAGAUAGGUGAGCUGGAGCCAGGCGGUUUUAGACGAUGCCGAGAGGAGUCUGGAGUUUCUCCAGCUGUCUAACAAACAGGCUGGAUGAAGCGUGUUCGAUUCUCUCUCAAGCUGCCAUGAACUUAAACAUCUGGAUCUCAGCCAGAAUCGCAUGACGGUGGUGCCAUCUAGUUCCACGCAAAA